UUAACUCCAAAGUUCAACCCGACAUCUUGAUUUAAAGCACCUGAUAAAAGCACAAAAUGAGUGCUCCCAAAGCUCCAAUCCGUGUGGUCAUCACUGGUGCAGCCGGACAGAUCGCUUAUUCCUUGCUCUACCCAGUUGCCAAGGGAGACGUUUUUGGCCAUGAUCAGCCAAUUGUCUUGGUCUUGUUGGAUAUCGAAGUCAUGUUGGGUGUUUUGAAGGGUGUCGUCAUGGAGUUGGUCGACUGUGCACUGCCUCUGCUUAGGGAAAUCAUUCCAACUGCUGAUCCAAAUGAGGCAUUUGAAGGUGCUGAUGUAGCAAUCCUGGUUGGGGCCAUGCCCAGAAAGGAGGGUAUGGAACGAAAGGAUCUCCUGAAGGCCAAUGUCAAAAUUUUCAAAGUUCAAGGCGAGGCACUGGACAAACAUGCAAAGAAAUCCGUGAAGGUUGUGGUUGUUGGUAAUCCAGCAAAUACAAAUGCAUUCAUCUGCAAGAAGUAUGCACCUAGCAUAGCACCUGAGAACUUUACAUGUUUGACUAGGCUUGAUCAGAGCAGGGCCCAAUCACAGGUAGCUUCAAGAGUGCACAUAUCAGCCCAAGAUGUACACAACAUCAUCAUCUGGGGCAAUCACUCAUCCACCCAAUUUCCAGAUGUCAGCCAUGGUUGUGUCCUUCUUAAUGGACAGAAAGUGAAAAUAAUGGACGCCGUCAAAGAUGAGGCUUGGCUAAAAGGAGCUUUUAUCUCAACAGUCCAGAAAAGAGGAGCAGAAGUGAUAGCAGCUCGCAAGCUCUCCAGUGCCCUCUCCGCUGCCAAAGCCAUCUGUGACCAUCUUCAUGAUUGGUGGUUUGGAACUCCAGAGGGUCGCUGGGUAUCCAUGGGUGUGCCCUCGGACGGUUCAUAUGGUGUUGAGAAGGGCUUGAUCUUCAGUUUCCCCGUGGUCAUCAAACCAAACAAGACCUACUCAAUUGUUACCGGUCUGGAGUUGGAUGCCUUUGCUAAGGAGAAAAUUUGUGCUACACAGAAAGAAUUGAUUGAAGAAAGGGAUCAGGCAUUGGAGGCAUGCGCUUAAGUUAUAGUGGGCGGUGCCGUCAGUUAGUUCUCACAAAGCAGAUGGUAAUAUCUCGUUUUGUGACUGCGUGGUUAUUUUUUUUUAUCUGGAAACAAGCACGAUAUUUAAAUUAAUUUGAUAAUAAUUGUAGCUAUGUUUCUAAGUGUUCAUGUUUGUGAAUAUUAGUAGUUAAUAAGAAAUUUUAUCUGAAAUUUGUUGAUUAUUUUCGAAAUAAAAUCAUUUCUCAUGAAGUUCA